AUGGUAGAAAAGAUUACUUGGACCUUGGGACAAGAACUGGUCAAAUACUGUCUUGAGGGGCAGACAGAAUGGGACGAAAACCUGCCUGCUCCUCUGAUGGCAUAUGGGUCGGCUGCCCACGAGUCAACUAGAUACACACCGGGAAAAAUGAUGCUGGGUCACGAACUGCGGCUGCCAGUGGACCUGCUCACAGGAAGACCACCUGAUGAAGAACGUACUGAAGAAACCACCAGUUAUGUCAAAAGCCUCCAAGAAAGGUUGACGAAGGUCCACCAUAAAGUUCGAGGAGCUCUGGAGUUCUCGGGUGAAGUGAUGAAGCGCAACUAUGAUGUUAAAGCAAGCUUGGUCUGUUACAAGGACGGUAAUAAGGUCUGGCUGUAUAACCCUCUACGGAAGAAGGGUCAGUCACCGAAGUACCAGAGUCCAUGGGAAGGACCAUACACUAGUGGAGCGCCUUUCAGAUGUGACCUACUGGAUCAGGGGAAAAAAGAAGGCUCACCCGAAGGUAGUCCACGUCAAUCGUCUGUGGCAGUAUCAUGGGCCAGGGCAGUACACCUGGGAAGACUCUGA